AUGGAACAGAGAAGAGAAUCAUCUUCUCGCAUGGGGUUUCAAAGUGGUCGCGUGGCUGAGGAAAAUACAAUUUCAAGGAUUCGAAAGAAAGUGAAGAACUCUGAGUCCAUUGCGUUAAAAAGGAUUGGGAAUUAUGAUUUCUUAGUCCUUAAUGAGGUAUUAGAUGAUGUCUACUCUUCUUCUCGACCAAUCUCUGCUGAAUACGAGACGAGGCAGGACUUAGUGAAGAGCCUCAAUGCUAUGGCUCUUAAUAUUUAUGUAAAUUGUGAAGAGGGCAGCCCGGUUCUUGAGGCGUAUGGGUCUUUUGUGAUGGAUAUGUUUUCAUCGCAGAGUGAUUUAGACGUAUCCAUCAACUUUGAUAAGGGUACGUCUCAUCUUCCUCGUCAGAGGAAGAUCCAAAUCCUUAGAACAUUUGUGGAAAGGCUCCAGUCUCUGCAGGGACAAGGGCAUGUUAGGAAUGUGAAACCUAUCCUCGGUGCUAGGGUGCCAAUUGUCAAAUUCGUUGAUCAAGGGACUGAUGUCACAUGUGAUUUGUCUGUCGGAAACAAAGACGGCAUUUUAAAUUCGCACAUCAUUCACAUUAUAUCUCGAAUUGAUGACAGGUUUCAUAAACUUUGUAUGUUGGUUAAGCAUUGGGCCAAAGCACAUGAAGUUAACAGUGCGCCAGACGGAACCUUGAAUUCCAUAUCGAUAACGGUGCUAGUCGCUCAUCAUUUACAGACUCAAGAUCCUCCCAUUUUACCUCCAUUGUCUGUACUAUUUAAAGAUGGAACUGAUCCUUCCAAUGUGGAGAAAAGGACCCAGAAGUUCUUGAAAUGGGGACAACGGAAUAAAGAAUCUUUGGGUAGACUGUUUGUAACAUUUUUUGUCAAGAUGCAGUCGAUAGAGUUCCUUUGGAGGCAAGGACUCUGCGUCAGUUCGCUAAGCGGCCUUUGGAUAUCCAGAAAGUGGAAGAAAUCGUCCAUUAAUGUUGAGGAUUUUCUAGACGUGUCUCAGAAUUUAGCUAGGACGGUUACUGGCGAAGGAGCUAAAGAGAUUUAA